UCACCUCCCACAUUCAACAAUGGCGUCUUCGAUUUGCAAGCACGCAGCCAUCGCACCAUCUCCUACCACCUUCCGCUCCAAUAGAAUCCCCAUCCGCCCAGUCUACCUCAUCAGAAAUGGCCGUCCAUCCGCCUCCGCCGCUGUCCGUUGCUCCUUCCUCCGCCCUGACUACAUCCCCAACCACAUCCCGGACCCCAAGUACGUCCGCAUCUUCGACACCACCCUCCGCGACGGCGAGCAGUCCCCCGGCGCCACCAUGACCACCAAGGAGAAGCUCGACAUCGCGCGCCAGCUCGCGCGCCUCGGCGUCGACAUCAUUGAGGCCGGAUUCCCUGCCUCGUCCGACGCUGACUUCGAAGCCGUCGAAUUGAUCGCACGCGAGUUCGCCAACGUCGAUUCCGACCAUGUUCCGGUGAUUUGUGGUCUGGCCAGGUGUAAUAAGAGGGAUAUUGAGCGGUCGUGGGCGGCGGUGAAGCAUGCCAGGAAGCCGCGGAUUCACACCUUUAUCGCCACAAGUGAGAUUCAUAUGCAAUUCAAGCUGAAGAUGACGCCGGAGCAAGUGGUUGAAAAGGCCAGGACUAUGGUGGCUUAUGCUCGGAGUUUGGGAUGUGAAGAUGUUGAGUUUAGCCCCGAAGAUGCCGGAAGAUCUGACCGAGAAUUCCUUUAUCUAAUUCUGGGAGAGGUUAUUAAGGCUGGGGCAACAACUCUUAACAUCCCUGAUACAGUAGGCUACACUUUGCCCUCUGAAUUUGGACAGCUAAUUGCAGACAUAAAAGCAAACACCCCUGGGAUUGAGAAUGUCAUUAUCUCAACACACUGCCAGAAUGACCUUGGACUUUCUACUGCUAAUACUUUAGCGGGGGCAUAUGCUGGUGCAAGGCAAGUAGAGGUUACCAUUAACGGGAUUGGUGAAAGAGCUGGUAAUGCGUCACUGGAGGAGGUUGUAAUGGCCAUAAAAUGCCGCGGAGAGCAAGCUCUAGAUGGUCUUUACACAGGGAUCAAUACUCAACAUAUUGUCAUGGCGAGCAAGAUGGUAGAAGAAUAUAGUGGGCUGCGUAUCCAGCCACACAAAGCAAUUGUUGGAGCUAAUGCUUUUGCUCAUGAAAGUGGAAUUCAUCAGGAUGGAAUGCUGAAACAUAAAAACACCUAUGAGAUUAUAUCUCCCGAAGAUAUUGGACUUCUUCGUUCUAAUGAAUCUGGUAUCGUGCUUGGAAAACUCAGUGGACGCCAUGCUUUGAAAGCCAAAAUGUUAGAGCUUGGGUAUGAUAUUGAUGGAAAGGAACUUGAUGAUCUAUUUUCACGCUUCAAAGCUGUAGCUGGAAAUAAAAAGAAUAUCAGCGAUGAUGACCUAGUAGCCCUAGUCUCAGAUGAAGUUUUCCAGCCACAAACUGUUUGGAAACUUGAAGAUGUACAGGUCACAUGUGGAUCUCUUGGCCUUUCAACCGCAACAGUCAAACUCAUUCAUGCAAAUGGCGAUGAACAUAUUUCUUGUUCGGUUGGGACUGGGCCUGUUGAUGCAGCAUAUAAGGCAGUUGACCUUGUUGUUCAGGUUCCUGUAACACUUCUUGAGUAUUCCUUGAAUGGUGUCACUGAAGGCAUUGAUGCUAUAGCCACUACACGGGUUCUAAUUCGUGGCGAAGAUAGUGUAAUAGCUACCCAUGCUUAUACAGGAGAAUCUGUCAACCGCGCAUUCAGUGGGACUGGUGCUUCCAUGGAUAUCGUCAUCUCAAGUGUUCGAGCUUAUGUUAAUGCACUGAACAAGCUCCUGGGCUUCAAGAACCGUCAAAAAACUGAAGACCCCAACGAAAGCAAGGUAAUGCAUACAUUACGCCUCUAUCUUUCUGAAUUGAAAUCAUUGAGGGGCAAAACGAAAGUUCAGGCCCUCAGGGACUAUUACUCGGGUAGUUCACCCGGCACAAUCUACACUCGUGGCGAAUUCGUUGAAUCUAGACGGCCCCCGCCGCCGCAGUUCACCGUAGUUUCUUCGAUACUCCGGUGGAAUCGACGCCUCACAGCCUCAGCACUCUUCAAUCUUCCAACUGUUCAGGCAAUUUCACCGAGGAAGCCAAUAAUUCUACAAUCAUCAGCGCUUCAAUUCCCGUUGAGGAAAGUAUCCACAGCGACGCCGUCCAGGCGUCCGGUGCACAUGAAGCCGUCUUAUCAACCAUCGCAGAGAUUGGUGCGGCGGGGAAUCGAGGAAAAAGAGCGAGAAGAAGUGCAGGUUAACUGUUCGACGAAAUGCGCGAGUGAAGAAGUUCCGACGAUCGACCACACUGAACUUAUUAACAACGAUGAGAAUGGCGGUAAGAGGAAUUGGGAAACAGCAACAGGCCAAGGAGAAGAAGCCUAG